AUGAGCUUUCGUGAUGUGAUUCGAGAAUCCAAACAACAACAACAACUCAACUCUUCAUCAUCAUCCAAUACGACGACGACUCUUCCAAAGAUCAACCACAACAACAAUAACACAACUCUCAACUCUCAUUCAUCCACAACUCGGAAACAAACAAAACCCGUACGAUCCUCAAAGAGUAGUAGUACUAUCACCACCACAAGUAAUAAUAGUAAUACUUUCCAACAACCUCCUUCCAAAGAUUUUACAGUCAUUCAAGUCUAUCAAAAUUCAGAUGAUGAUGACAUGUAUUCUUUAGGAAAUGAUGGUGGUACUGGUAUGGGUCAACACUCCUUUGAAAAUACUUGUUUAGAAAUUGAAAAACUUUUAAGUGAAAUUAAUAGUGCCUCUUCAUCCAUUCAAAAAUCAACUGAAAAUAUUCUUGGAACACUCAAAGAUACUCAUGAAUUUAGAGAAUCACUUUCUUUGAUUAUUAAAAAAUCAUCUCAUCAAGUUGAAACACUCUCUCAUCACCUUGUUACCUUAGAAAAGUUUAAAAAAGAAAAACAACAUUUACAAAAAGUGAAAAUUGACAAGUUAAAUUCACAAGCUGAACAAAUAUUAAAUAAUUAUAAAAAACAAACAACAUUGUGCUUGAAAAAACAAAAAGAAACAUUGGCACAAUUUAAAAAGAAUCAAUCCAUACUACAACAACAACAUUAUACUCGUAAAUCAUCAUCUUCUGAAGAAUCAGAUCGAACAGAACGUGAUUCACUUUUAAUGAAACCCUCUCUUGAAGAUGAAAGAUUAAUGAAUGAAAUUGAAUUUAAUUCCAAAAUUUUACAUGAAAGAGAAAAGGAUAUUUUAGAAGUAGAAUCAUCCAUUCGAGAGAUUAACAGUAUUUUCAAAGAGUUGCAUUAUUUGACUAUUAAGCAAGGUGAGGAUUUGGAUUUAAUUGGUGAUCGAGUAGAAGAGACUGCUCAACAUGUGAGUCGAGGAAAAGAGAAUCUUGUGGUUGCUGAAAAGAGAUCGAAAAUAGGACGAAAUUUAUUGUGUAUUUUAUUGUUGGUAAUCUUGGCCAUUGCAGCGACGGUAGCUGUGGUGUUAGUCAUUCUCAAAGUGGUUGGUGUAUUUUGA